GCGGCGCGAGGACGGGGGAGGGCGCCAAGAUGGCGUACCAGACCUUCCGGCAGGAGUACUUGCAGGUGCCACCCGUGACACGGGCCUACACCACCGCCUGCGUCCUCACCACCGCCGCCGUGCAAUUAGAACUGAUAACGCCCUUCCAGCUGUAUUUCAACCCAGAAUUAAUAUUUAAGCACUUUCAAGUAUGGAGGUUAAUCACAAACUACUUAUUCUUUGGACCAGUUGGCUUUAAUUUUUUAUUUAACAUGAUCUUUUUAUACCGUUACUGCCGCAUGCUUGAAGAAGGCUCUUUCAGAGGUCGGACAGCAGAUUUUGUAUUUAUGUUCCUUUUUGGAGGAUUUUUAAUGACUCUUUUUGGUCUGUUGGUGAACUUGGUUUUCUUGGGUCAGGCAUUCACAAUUAUGCUCGUGUACAUUUGGAGCCGCAGGAAUCCCUACGUCCGUAUGAACUUUUUUGGCCUGCUCAUCUUUCAAGCCCCAUUUCUGCCCUGGGUAUUGAUGGGCUUUUCCCUGCUUUUGGGGAACUCCGUCAUUGUGGAUCUGCUGGGCAUUGCUGUUGGGCACAUUUAUUUUUUCUUAGAGGAUGUCUUUCCCAAUCAGCCUGGUGGUGGAAGGCUCCUGAGAACACCAGCUCUCCUGAAAGCAAUAUUUGAUACUCCAGAAGAUGAUCCUAAUUACAAUCCCUUGCCAGAAGAACGACCGGGAGGAUUUGCCUGGGGAGAAGGUCAGCGCCUUGGAGGAUAAUAAGUGUCUGUGCCAAAACCCAUGGAACACUGGGAGAGACUGAACCGGGUGAAGUUCCACACUGGGGACUGUCUUGUUCCCCGUCGCGGAAAGGACACUUUCUAACAGCUCUAUGGUUCUGAAUACAAGCACUUUAUGAAACGGCAAUCUGAUCCAAGACACUUCUAGGCUACCAGCAUCUUUCCUAUUCAGGGAUUUGAUUGUGCUGGUGUAAUGAAAAUGCUAAUCCAGUGGAGCCAAAAACUUAGAACUGGAAACCAUUUUCUGUCAACUUCAGUUAACAAGGCCACAAGUACUUGUUUAAAGUGAUUUCUAAAGCAUUUUUUCAAGUUAUUUGAUACGGGGAAACUACAGGGGACAAACCCAACUUUUUUGAUUUUAACUCAUUUUUUAUUCUUGGAUAAAAUGGCUACAAGGUGAUUGAAAGCGUAAGUCCCUGUUUCAAUGACAAAAGAUUUUUUAAUCUGAGAUGCUAUUGUCUCCCGUCUUGUUUGUAAGGAAUAUGGCCUGCAGCACAAUGCAGGCUUUUCCCUUUGCUGGUGGGGAUUCUGGAAUGCGCUUCUGUGUGAAAAUGCUUCCAGGUGGAGACCGAGUUUUCCUGGCUUUCCCCCCCUAAGUUGUGUGUUUGGAUGGCCAAGUGUGAGCCUGACGAGUUGGUUUGAACAGGAGGGGUACAAACCCCACCCCCUCCCAUGCACACCUCACUGUUAUCAAAUGACUUGGAGCGCUAGGGAAGGAAACUUGUCUGGAGUCGGAACUGCUCGAAUAUCUCAGACGAUGAGUUGAAUAAAAUGUCUUGUGGAUCCUUUUUUGU